AUGAAGAAACAGUCAGCCAGCCUUCGAGUGAGGUUACCUGUAUUCGUGUUUGUCACAGAGGUGAUUAUCGUUGGCCUGUACACUGCUUUUGUCACCUACAAUGACAGCGCUGAUGCUAAAUUGCAAACCAACAAGACCAGCCCUAUGGACAACGCAGUCUACAGGGACUACCCGUUUUUUAUGGACAUUCACGUGAUGAUAUUCCUCGGCUUUGGGUGCCUUCUGGCAUUUUUCAGACUCUAUGGUUUCAGUGGGAUAGCCUUUAACUUUCUCACAGCUACUUUUGCCAUCCAGUGGGCCAUCCUAGUGCAGGGUUUCUUCCAGUUCAACCACGGUGGUAAGAUCCACCUUGGUGUGAUUAACCUCAUAAAUGCCGAGUUCGUCUGUGCGGUGGUGCUGAUAUCUUUUGGGGCCGUGCUGGGGAAGACUAGUCCAUUGCAGCUGCUGGUAAUGGCUCUGCUGGAAGUCCCAGUGUUUGCUAUCACAGAGUGGGCUGUGUUAAAAUAUCUGAGGAUAAAUGACGCGGGUGGCUCCAUUCUCAUCCACAUUUUUGCCUGUUAUUUUGGCUUGGGUGUCACCUUUGCACUUUACAGGCCGUGUCUAAAUGAAGGCCACUUAAAGGAGAACACCAGUUACCAAUCAGAUAUCUUGUCCGUGAUGGGGACCUUGUUCCUGUGGGUGUUUUGGCCCUCCUUCAAUUCAGCAUUAACACUGAAAGGAGACGACCAACACAGGGCCAUCCUCCACACCGUCAUCGGACUCACUUCCUCCACACUCACGGCCUUUGCUCUCUCUGCGAUGCUGAACAAAAAUGGGAAGCUCACCAUGGCUGAUAUUCAGAAUGUGACCCUGGCUGGAGGUGUAACAGUUGGGGCAUCCGUGGACAUGAUGAUAUCUCCUGCAGCUGCAUACAUUCUGGGUAUGAUGGGUGCCACUGCAUGCAUGCUGGGCUACAAGUACUUAAGCCCCUUACUGGCUCAACGCUUCAAGAUCCAGGAUCAGUGUGGAAUACAUAACUUGCAUGGGCUAACGGGGCUUAUAUCAUGUGUUGCAGGGAUAUGCGCCAUACUGAUGGCUAGCGAAGAAGUGUACGGCCCCAGUAUGUAUGAGAUUUUCACGCACAGAGCGCCAGUGGCUGGCAACCCAAAGCUGCUUGAACUCCAGAUGCAGAUCCCUGGUUUACAACCAGGCUUAGGAAGGACUGCCCAGGAACAGGCUCUCUUCCAAGUAGCAGCAUUGUUCUCCACAAUAGGAGUGUCCGCGUUUGGAGGCGUUCUGACAGGAUUUGUCUUAAAACUGCCGUACCUUGCUUCUCCAGCCGAUGGUUCCUGUUUUGAUGAUGAGCUGUUUUUUAAUGUUCCUAGAGACUAUGAUUCACCACUUAAACUCAAUAACAUAGUUGCCAUAGAAGAAUCCGCUGCCUGA